UCAAUGUAUAUUAUAUUACUUAAAUAAACUUUAUUAGCUGUAUCCCACAAGUCAUUACUGAACAAAUUUACAAAAUAUAAAAUAUGCCCGGCGACGAACCAACCUUUCCGGCAGCCAACGUGGCGGUGGUGAUGGUGCCAAUGGUGGCCCACGGCCACCUUACCCAACUAUACCACCUCUCCCACCUCAUCUCCACCUACAACCUCCCCAUCCACUUCAUCACCACCACCGACUGCCUCCAUCAACUCCACUCUCGCCACCGUACCACCACCGCCAAAAACAUCCACUUCCAUUCAUUUACAACCCCACCCUUCACCUCCCCACCACCACACCCAUCCACCCCAUUCCCCACCCACCUCCAACCCUCCAUCAACUCCACCCUCCACCUCCGCCACCCUACCACCACCCUCAUACGUCAUCUCUCACAACACGUUAAAAAAGUCGUUGUGAUUCAUGACUUUCUCAUGUCUUACGUUGUUCAGGACGUCAAACUAAUACCAAACGCUGAAACUUAUCUCUUCCACCCUUUACCGGCUUUUUAUAGAUCCUCUACCCACUCCGAGAAAACCGGUAGACCGUUCCCGGUUGAACCGGAGUUAAUGAAGAACCUUCCUUCUCAAGAUGGAAUAUCUAGCCCGGAGUUUUUGAACUUUUUGGCACUUCAAAAACCCCACAUGAAUCACGUUGGAGAGUUGUAUGAUUCUUCCAGAGUGAUUGAAUCUGUGUUUUUUGAAUAUUUGGAGAAAGAAGAGAAAAAAAAGAUAUGGGCUGUUGGGCCGUUUAACCCGGUUCAUAUAGCAUCUAAUGCGACGGAUUUAAUAAACCGUCAUAGAUGCUUGCAAUGGCUGGACAAGCAGCCUGCAAAUUCGGUUAUUUAUGUGUCUUUCGGGACGACAACAACCUUUAGUGACGACCAAGUUAGGGAGCUAGCUCUCGGGUUAGAGAGAAGUGGACAACGGUUUGUUUGGGUGGUUCGAGUGGCGGAUACGGGGGAUUCGGUUGGGUUCGAGGAGAGGAAGGUUGAGUUGCCCGAGGGGUUUGAAGAGAGAGUGAUGAGGGGGCGUGGGUUGAUCGAGCGGUUGUGGGCCCCACAGUUGGAGAUUUUGGAGCAUUUUGCGACGGGUGGGUUUAUGAGUCACUGUGGGUGGAAUUCGUGCAUGGAGAGUAUAUCGAUGGGAGUGCCGAUAGUUGCGUGGCCAAUGCACUCGGAUCAGCCGAGGAAUGCGUUUUUGAUAACGGAUAUUCUUAGGAUUGGCGUAUUGGUGAAGAAUUGGGAGCGUAGAAACGAGUUGGUGAAGGCAAAUGUGGUGGCAAAGGCUGUUAAGACGCUAAUGGGUUCCGAGGAAGGUGAGGAGAUGCGGAGGAGAGCAGUUAAAUUGGGUGGCGAGGUCAAGGAAUCAGUGGCGGAAGGCGGUGUAAGUCGCAGGGAAAUGGAUUCCUUCAUUUCACAUAUAUGUAGUGCUAUGAUGCUUGCCCUAUAAGAAUGGGUAAGAGUGACUUUGGUUGUAUUUGAAAACUUAUGUUAGAAAAAAAAAACUUAUGAGCGUUUUCGAUCCGAGGGUCGACUAAAUUGUUACUAUAGAUUUUUUUUUGAACGGCAAAUAAACUUGACAAUUGCACGUCGUUAAGUCAUUUUCACUCAAUGUGACAUGUUUGUUUUUAGUUUA